AUGGCUUAUUCAGAGUUCUCGUAUGCGGAGGUUUUGCAGGACCCUGAAAUCGAACUGCACAAUUCGCGCCGCCAGCGCAAGCCGCAUUUUCUGAGCGGCUGCAGCGCAGGCGGACGGUUAGGAUCAACUGGCAUGUUCUUUGCUACGGCAGCACUGUCCGGCUUUGUCUGCUACCUAGUCUUCUCUUUCUUCUCCUCGCACCAUUCACCCCCGUCACAUGCGGCACCCGGAUACGAUGCCCAUAUACCCUGGGGCGCAGAUGCGAUCGAGAUCACAUCAACAUCUUCCACUGGCGGAAGUGCACCCGGUUCAGGAUCUUCGCCAGUAGCGCCACCGUUGUAUUAUCAUGAGAUGUCCAUCGAAGAGCUUACCGACUUAGUGGCAACAACAAGAGGCUAUUUCGCGCGAGAUUAUAGUCUAAGCCUUGGGUGGAAUAAUAUGCGCUACAUUAUAGAAGCCGCUCACCUGCAGGCUACACUCCUCAAUCGCACACUCGUACUUCCUUCCUUCGUCUAUGCUCGUGCAUGCGAGUAUGAACUUGAUGCCUGCGCGGCGUAUGCUCCCAUGAUCAAUAAGGGCAAGAUGGUUGGCUCGACGGAGUGGGACAACCGGCCAUACGAGCAACAGAUGGGCUUUCGUGUCCCUAUUCAGUACAUGCUGAACGUGACCCGUUUGCGAUCUAUGCACCCGACAAUAACGGUGGCUCAGUAUCUACGCUUGCACAAUCUCCCCGAGGAUCUUGAGGCGAAUGACGGCCGAUGGCAACGUGAAGCGUACCAUGUUCAAGCAGCCGCACUAGACGAUGACCAAUCACACCUCCCAAGUCUAUCUGUGAUAGAGAACCACUGGUACGACCCAUGGCAGACUACGCGAGUCGACCGUGUGCCAGACGCUAUGAAAGAACGAGGUGGCUGGGUGCCCGAGGGCGGCGAUGCUGCCCUAGGCGAACGUGGUCAUUGGACCAAAGUCGAACUCAAUGACAUCGGGCAACAUCUGAAGGACGGCCUUGGAGAGCGCUCUGCGGUGCAUGAUUGGGAUCGUGCUGUGGAGCUCUUGCGCGAGACGGAUGCCGCAGCACAUUGGGACUUGGGCACGGACAAGGGUGUCCAGACCGCGCUCCAGGCGAAUGGCUGGGAGGUUCUAUACACGUUCAAGUCGGUGCUAUGGAUGGAGUUCACCCGCACGGUCACGGAGCCCACGCGUCAGGUUGUUCUUCGCGAAUCUAUCCGCGGCUGGGUAGAAGAGUGGGUUAGAUCAACUGAAGACGUUGUCUUACUUGUGGGCGAGACACAUGUGAAUCGUAAGCCCGGAGCAAUGCGCUUCACAACGUUGGAGGCGCGCACGGACCUGGAGAACCGUGUGUUGCACUACGUCGUACCGCUUGAUGCUAUGUAUACACUUGCGAAACGACUCGCGGAUCGGAUGCGUAACCAUGUUGACGGAAGACUCUGGAUGGGAGCACAUAUGCGCCGCGGCGACUUCGUCAACACUGGCUGGGUCAUGGAGAAGGAACCGCUGGAUCACGUCAGUCGCGUCAGGGACCGACUCAGCCACGGGCGCGCGGUCCUUGAGGGUCUCAAGGACGUGUAUCCCUAUCCACUUCCCGGGGUCGUCGUCAAUGUGGAGCAGCUCACACUAGACCCGCCAAAGCCCCACGAUAAAUUCUACGUCGCGACAGACGAACGCGAUCCCGAGGCUUUGAGCAUUAUUGCGGAGAACGGCGCCAUCUUCCUCGACGACCUCCUCACCAUAGACGAUCGUCGCAAGUUUGGAUGGCCCUUGAUGAUUACCGAUAUCCGUGCCGUGCUUGAACAAUCGCUGCUCGCGCAUUCGAACUAUUUUUACGCUCACGCGAUGAGCUCUGUUGCCGGAGGCAUCGUCAACAUGCGUGCAGCACAUGGGGCCGACCCGCGUACCGUUCUCAUAGACUAA